UUAAGUGAAGUGAAUUACUGAUGAAAUAAUAAAUGAAUUGGAUAUGAGUUUAUGUGCUGAUAUGCAAUACUGCAAACUGUUUUUACCAGAAUUGCUGUCUAUUUUAUUCUAAAGUCUGCAAAAUUGAAUACUCCGUUGCUGCAAAAAUGUCUGAUAGUAAUGUAUUUGUUUUGGACAACGGUGCAUUUUUCGCUAAAGUUGGCAUGUCCGAAUGGAAUGCACCCAAAAUUGUUCCAAACUGCAUCACCAAAGCAAAAUCGGAACGGAGGCGUCCAUUUGUCGGUAGCCAGAUCGACGAGUGCCGGGACGUUUCCGGUUUGUUUUAUAUACUUUGCUUUCAACGGGGCUAUCUGGUGAAUUGGGACAUACAGAAGACCGUAUGGGACUAUAUCUUCAGUCAAGAAUGCUGCUUAGUAAAUUUUUCUGAAACUCCGUUGCUGAUUACGGAGCCACUGUUUAAUUUUCAGUCUAUUCAAGAAGCGAUGUUGGAGAUUCUUUACGAGGAAUACGACUGUGAUGCGGUGUGCAAAACUACGGCAGUUGACUUAGCAGCGUUUCACUAUACUCAUGGUGAGCAUAAAAAGAAGCCUCUCUGUUGCGUGGUGGUUGAUAUGGGCUAUAGCUUUACGCACAUCGUUCCGUUCAUUAAAGGAUCCAAAGUAAAAGAAGCCAUUCGACGAAUCGAUGUAGGUGGAAAGCUUUUGACGAAUCAUUUGAAGGAAAUCAUUUCAUAUCGUCAAUUGAAUGUUAUGGAUGAAUCAUAUGUUAUAAAUCAAGUUAAGGAAGACAGCUGUUUUGUAUCGCAGAACUUCAACGAAGAUAUGCGUAUCGCAAGAAAGCGGUAUCCGGAAAAUAGCAUCAUUAGAGAAUAUGUAUUGCCGGACUAUACACAAAUUCGGAGAGGAUUCAUGCGAACGCUAGAUAACGGCAACAGUGACAAUGAUGAAUUGCAAACACUACGAUUGAAUAAUGAGCGCUUCGUAAUACCGGAAGUGCUCUUUCAUCCUUCUGAUAUCGGGAUAUCGCAGAUGGGAAUAGCAGAAGCAAUCGUACACUCUAUUAAUAGCUGUCCGGAAGAAACGAGACCGCAUUUAUUCAGUAACAUUGUGGUAUGUGGAGGCAGCGCGUUGUUCAGCGGUAUGCAGACCCGAAUACAGCAAGAAGUACGGGCUUUAGCACCAGAUGAGUUCAUUGUUAACGUAACUGUACCGAAAGAUCCCGUCUCGUAUGCCUGGUUUGGAGGACAGCAGUACUCACAGUCACUUAGUUUUAUUAAAUCCUGCAUAAGUCGUAGUCAGUAUGAGGAAAGCGGCAUCAAACACCUCAUAGAGAAGUACGAUCAAUAAUUUAUUCGCUUGUUGAAACGGAAAUCAGGAAAUUUCUUUUUGAAGUAUACAUAAACCAUCUUCUAACACGACACAUAAGGUUUAUUUGAUAAACUUUGAUAGCUGUAAAGCAUAUUCACUGAUGUUCAACUAAAAUCUUCAAGAUGGUGUUCGUUGGUUAGUGAAAAUAAAC